UACCGGCGCAGGAUAUUCACCUCUUUGCGACCUCGAUCUUUCUUCCUUCAUCCCCCUCAUACAACCCCCAUCAGCCACCAUGUCUCCCGUCAUUGCUCGUGGUCGCAAGGCCCAGAAGGUCACCCAGAAGUACGUCAUCAACGCUUCGCAGCCCGCAAGCGACAAGAUCUUCGACGUCUCUGCCUUCGAGAAGUUCCUCCACGACCGCAUCAAGGUCGAGGGCCGUGUUGGCAACCUCGGUGACAAGGUCGUCAUCUCCCAGACUGGCGAUGGCAAGGUCGAGGUCGUUGCCCACAUCCCCUUCUCUGGUCGCUACCUCAAGUACCUGACCAAGAAGUACCUCAAGAAGCAGCAGCUCCGUGACUGGCUGCGCGUCGUCUCCACCUCCAAGGGUGUUUACGAGCUCCGCUUCUACAACGUUGUCGACCAGGAAGGUGAGGAGGAUGAGGAAUAAACAGUUUCUCUUUCUUCAUGAAUAAAAGUCAGCAAUCGUGAUUCGGACACGUUUUGGGGGGUUUCCAACCAUCAGACGGGAGUGAUAACUUCAAUUCGGGGCGUGAUCAUGAGUCCGAUCCAUGCGACUGGAGGGUAUAGAUGAGCUCUGGGACGCAGUUUGGUUUUUAUCAGGGCUGGGAUAAAGAUGCGUAAAGUGCCCGAAAAGGUUGCGUUUCUUCAGCCCGCUAAGCUGGGAAUAUCACCAUCAUCUACUCAUGACGUUACGAAUGGUAGACAUGAAUCGAGCAAUCUAUAACCC